GACGAUUCCCUUGCUCUUAGCGGUUAUGAUCGAUGAUACAAUGAGAAAAAUCCACUCCACCUCAUUUUGAUGUGAUUAAUUCUGGAUUUGCCGCUUCCUUCAAGAUAUCACCCACCAGGCUUAUCAGAGGACAAUGAACAGUGGUUAUUUGAUUUGCCCCGAUGACGACCCAUAGCGUGACCGUUCUCACAUUUCCAUGCUUAGAAGGGCGCAAUCACACAGUCUUACUUAUUCAAGAGAGUUUGUCAAUGGUAACAUGCCUGCUUGUUCUACCCUCUCCUACUUCUCCCAAACAUAUCCACCUUCUCCCGUCCCCAUCCGCAUCUCCCACUUACCCCUCCCCUCUCGAGUCCAGCCCAGCCAGCACACCGUCAACCAGCCCCUCGUAAGACUCAACCAUCUCCCAGCGCUCCGGGAAGAGAAGCCAACUCCAACCGUCCGCUGUUCCAGCAAGGAAAAAGCAAACAGCGAGUCAAAGCCCUUUGCCCUGUGCAAAGAGAGAUGGGAGUCCUACAAACGACAUAGCCGACGGAGAGCGCAAGGUUGACCGGGACGACAAAAUGGCGGGGAGAAACGCGCAUACAGAUAGAAGGACGGGGGCGAAAAAUAUUGAAGGAGACGAAGAGAAGAAGUGCUAGAAAGCGAGCGACAAAUAUACCAUCAUCGCAGCAGAAAAGAAAGAAUGAAAGAACGCCAU